GCUCUUUAAAGUAUUGUCAGUAGACAGGAUACAGUUUCUUUAGUCUGGUGCCCAGGAAAAUGUCACAAAGAUGCAAUUGCUUUGUUUAGGGAAAAUUUUGUGAAUGGGGGUAUCCUGAUGAAAAGACUAUAUCCCGAACACCUCUGUCCACAAUAAUUUGGACAAACAGGUAGUCUUGCCUUUUAACUUGGACCACUGGUUAAGCAAUAAGUUGAAAUGUUACAUUGUACAAUCAAACAGAGAGUUUUAAAAGAGCCCCAGUGCUUGCAAGCAUUGGAAUGUCAACUUGGUAAUCAUUUCUCUGCGUAUUACAUUUCUUUUAUAUUGAUUCGUAGUUGCUUUGGAUUGCCAUUAAUUGUGAACCAAACACGCAUACAUAAGCCUGUGCAACUAACAGCAUUAACUGUCCAGCGUCCCACUGGCAGCAAUGUGGAUUAAUGACCUUGUGCUUCCUCCCUUUGGAUCGCUCCAGUGAAGCAUAAAGGGAUUAUAGCAGCCCAAGUUGUGGCUGGACUGAACCAUGUGCACUGUCUAUGGGGGGUAAAGGACAUAACAAGGUGGAGACUGAGGGGGGUGGGGUGUUGCAGAUGUUGCAGCAAAGUUAAGCUGAAAGUAGCCUGAGGUCACAGUCAGUCAGUCAGUCAGAGAGAAAGAGAGAGAGAGAGAGUGCUGUGAUUCCAUGGGGGUGAUGAACAAGCCUCAGGGGGCUGAAGAAAGUCAAAUGAAAACACAAGAAAAAAAUGAGAGGAAAGAUAGAGACAUGCUCAUCCCUUGCUGACCAGCUUGGUUGAGACGCUGUAUUAUAGUCAUGGCUCUUGGAUGCUGUAUGCCAUUGAGGUCUAAAGCGUUAUCUAAUCUGGACAUUGAGAGCAAGCUGAGUGGACAUUAUCAGGCUCCAUGGCACCUGCAGAGGAAUGUGUUCCUGCCGUCCACUCGGCCCGCGUGCGUGGAAGAGCUGCAUCGAAACGCCAAACAGAGCCUGCGGGCGCUGUACAGAGACCAGCAGCAGAGGCAGGAGGUCAGCGAGAGAGAGCGCAGGGUGACCAUUUCCAUCUCCAUGGCUCCGCCCAUGCCCACCUACCCAUCGCCCAGCAUGCACUGCAGACGCCAGCAGAGAGAGAGACACCUCAGCACGGAAAGGACAGAGAGAGACAUAGAAACUCAGACAACACAAGCACAGUUCCAAAGCACCCGGUCCUCCUCCCCUACCGAGUGUUGUCAUUUUUCCCCGUGGAGCAGAAAGGUUGUUCCUCCAGUAGAUUCAGAUUCAGAGGUGGUGGCUCUGGGCCACUGGCCGAAGUGCCCAAUCCCAAACGUGCCCUCAACGCUGGACAAACAGACCAACUGGGCUGGAAUCUUACCACUGCCCACGCCAGAAGAGAAGAUGAAGACGGACUCUCAAGUCAUCACCUCAUGCAUCGUUCCCAUUAACGUAACAGAGGAGGGCGCCAAUGCUACUUCCCCCUCAGCGAUAUCAGCUAUCCUAAGGGUUGGGUUCGACAGAGAGGCCAGUGUGCGCUGCUCACUAGUCCAUUCGCAAUCAGUGCUACAACGGCGAAGGAAGCUAAGGAGACGGAAAACGAUCACUGGCAUUCCCAGACGAGUGCAGCAGGAUUUUGAUUCUGACGAGUCUCCAGUGGCCAGAGAACGUACCUUGAUAGUCCACACCAGCCCAGAAAUUUUCCAAGAGGAUCUCACGCUUUCUCGACUCAACACCAAGGACUCUGGUUGCCAGACAGAAGAAUUCCUGAUUGUUGGGGCUGCACCCUCAUGUAGACGGAUCAGAGCACAAAGGGGACAGGGCGUGACUGUGUCACUGUCCCAUUCCACGGGCAACAUAUCUUCUCUGCCUGACAACACAAUGUUCACCGCUUCAGUAGGCUCCCGUCUGCGUUCUCGAAGUCUCCCGCGUGAGGGAGGGCGACUGUUGGAUGAAGGUCAUGAUCUCAGUGAUGAGGAUGAUGAGGAGGAGGACGAGGAAGAACUGUCCCCGUUUGAGUCAGAGGACUUCCUUCCAGUCCCAGGGGAACAUAUUCUAAAAGAUGAUGAAGAAAGCACUGAUGACCAGGCAAUCCCAGAGGGUCAGCAUAACAGUUUGAAAUUCAAGCAGCAUUCUAGAAAUACAGAGCAUGACUGGAUGGAGAGGGGUCAAUCCCAUCUGCCUCGGAAAGCUGACAUGGGUAGCUGUGAGAUUUCUUCCAGUUCUGAUACAUUCAGUAGCCCCAUUCACUCCGUUUCAAAUGCUGGCAUGCUGACUAGUCAGAUAGACCACAAAGAGGAUCACCAGUCGUCAAGUGGCAAUUGGAGUGGCAGUAGUUCUACCUGUCCCUCCCAGACAUCAGAGACCAUUCCACCUGCAGCCUCACCCCCCCUCACCGGAUCAUCCCACUGUGAUUCAGAACUAUCAUUGAAUGCAGCUACCAAUACUAAUGAUGAUUCUACAGGCUUCAUUAUUGAUCCGUAUCCUGGAGACCGAUCACAAGGCCUCCAUAGCCAUAGGACAGGUUCAUUCACUUCCACUGCUAGUGAGGGUGAGUGGAGCUAUCCACAUUACAGGCACAACAUGCCUUGCCGCCCUGACUUCAGUCCUGAGCACUCUAGGGCAGAUAAUAUCCUAGAAUGUCCCAGUUUUGCCAGCAUAGCCACUUUUGAAAGUUUAAUAGAUAGGCCACCUUCUGAAAAAGCUGACACCACCUCACACUUUUCUGUAGAUGCCGAGGGCUACUUUACCUCCAUGCACUUUGACUGUGGUCUUAAAGGUAGCAAAAGCUUCACAUAUAACUAUGCAUCUGUAGACCAGCAGCAGGCAGAAUAUGGAUAUCAAACAAACACACUUGGGAGACGCAGUCUCUCUCUAAGGAAACCAAAGGUGAAGCCAUUCCCACCAAAACGUAACUCAUCCUUGAAGAAAAUAAGCAGCCAUGUUGGACCUGCAUCUGACAAGAAUGAACCAAAGAUUACUGGUGGUCUGAACAAAUCUAUGUCUUCCGGUGAUAGAACGCAGCAUGUGGGGUUAGAUGGAGGCUCCUUGAGUCAGCUGGAGAGUGAGGAUCCACUGGGUGCUUGGGGUGUUAACAGUUCUACAAAGAUACCAGAAGUUGUUUUGUUUGGCUCCACAGAAACACAUUCCUUCAAGGAAGAGGGAGCUGUCCAGUCAGACUAUGCAGAUCUCUGGCUUCUUAAUGACUUGAAAUCCAAUGAUCCUUACAGAUCAUUGUCAAAUUCCAGCACAGCUACGGGUACCACUGUCAUCGAAUGCAUCAAGUCACAUGAGAGCUCUGAAUCCCAGACUUCCCAGUCAGGAUCUAGGGCCACCACUCCUUCACUACCAUCAAUGGAAAGUGAAUUUAGAUUGCCUUCACCAGAAAAGCUGGUAGGUCUAGCAUCACCUUCCAGUGGCUACUCAAGCCAGUCAGAGACACCAACAUCAUCUCUUCCACUGGCUUUCUUCCCAAACACUCACCCAAAGUCCCCUAAUGUUGGGAAAAGGAAACCCAAAGUCCCAGAGAGGAAGUCCUCACUUGCUUCUUUACAGCAAAACUCAUCCAAAAGGGACUUGGAAUUACCUAUCACACCCCCCUCCCACCUUGACCUAAGUGCCCUUUCCAAUGUCAGCAAGCCUUCAAUUCACAAUAAACAUAUGCACAUCCUCCAGCAGAGCAAAAAAGCAGAAACCAAGAGUGAGAAUCUGGCAACUUCGGUUUCAAGUGAUGAGCUGGCAGUCACUGGUCCAUUGGCCAUCACUCCUACGGUGCUUCGUUCAGUUCAGCUACGUUCAGUUGUCAAAUCUGGAGAAGGGAGCCACGAUCAACCUAUAACUGAUAUUUCCACUAGACCUAAGUGUCCCACUGUGACUAUCAUUACCCCACCUACUCAGAAUAAACCCAAUGAAACUAGGAAGCCUCCACCCUAUAGACCCCUUCUCACAGAAACCUCCUCUCAGGAUGAUUGUGAAUCACUGUUUACCCCAGUAGAUGGACUAGCAAGCCAUUUUGGUGCAAGAAAUAGAUAUGACCGAUUAGCCCCAUCACCUCUUUGGAGCAUGACUGCUUUUAAGGCCCAAUCCGAGCAGUUGAAUAUGGAUGAAGGGACAUUUGAGAAUUCUCGAGAAGUUGCGGAAGAGGUGAGCACCUCAAAUAAUUUAUUUGCCCAGAGUGGUCUGGAAGUGGAGCAAAUUCGUCCAUUGAAAUCUCAGCCAAAUGAGGGAAGCCCUGGUCAAAAUGGUCUAGCAAAAAGGUCAGAGAGUCUUGACCAAGUGCCUGAUAUUGUCAAGCAAAGAUCAGAGACAUUGCAAGCUUAUCCAAUCAGUGGUGCUGGAGAAGAAUCUGUAACAUCAGAUGUUCCAACCAGAAGUGCCUCACAGGAAUAUGCAGAGGAAGGGUCAACACCAGACACGGAGGACUAUUUUAGCAAAGAGUCCACACCAAGCGAUCCGACUCUGUCCCCGCUAACAGAUGAAUCCAAAACCGAGGAUGAUAGCGUUUUUCUUUCACCAAGUAAAAGUCGCACAACAGAGGAUCUCUUUGCCAUGAUUCACAGGUCAAAACGAAAAAUGCUGGGCAGGAAAGAUUCUGGAGAAAUGUCAGUGCGGCACCGUUCAGCCAUUGUUUCUGGGAAUGGCUCUGCUACUAAUCCUGCAACCUCGCCAAGCACCCCAAACAUGCCUGUAAGUCCAUCUACUCAUACUAUGACCCAGAGAACCCCAGGUCCAAUUUAUAGGAGUGCCAAAAAGUCCAGUACCUCGAAUGAAGAGUUCAAAUUGCUGCUGCUGAAAAAGGGAAGUCGCUCCGACUCCAGUUAUCGCAUGUCAGCUAUAGAGAUCUUAAAGAGUCCCAUUGCAACCAAAAGCCCCGGUGAGCUCCUGAUGGAGGGUUCUAGACCAUUUGAGGAGCCACUCUCUCCUUUACAACAGCAACUUCCAGAAGGAACUCCCGAGCAAAUUCCCAGCCCCUUUCCAAAAUCUUAUGCUGAGGGCUUUUCCACAAAAGCUUUUCCCACAUCUGCCUCAACUAGACAAGGCCGGUCAAGGAUGCCACCAGCUGCAAAUAGCAGCCGCUACAGUACACGCAGUCGGCUGUACAAUGCCCCCAUGCAGGCUAUAUCAGAAGGGGAAACAGAAAACUCUGAUGGAAGCCCACAUGAUGACCGUUCCUCCUGAAAAAUGAAUCUUUGACUUUUAGCAUCAGUCUAUACACAUUCUUGACAUUAAGUCAAUAAUUUUGGGCACUUGGCAUACUCAAUUCUGUUCUUAAGACUGUAAACAAACUACGUAGUGUCUCUACUCUUUUGUAUCAAGAAGAACAAAACAUUCUGAUAAUUUUCAGUAGUGGUGUUCCAAUAACGUCCAUGAGCAUAUUUAUUUUAUUUGAACACUUUGUGUAUCAUUUUCAUUUUAGAAUGAGAGUGGAGAAAACUACAUAAAAAAACCCAUCACUUUGUAAUUAUUCACAGUGAAUCAAUUGCAGAUGUUGUUUGUCACACACAUUUAGCAUUGUCUAGAAAGAUAAAAACAGUACUGUACUACGGUAAAUGUGAAAAUGGGUCCAGAUGGUUUUAAAAGAAGGGAAAAUCUUUAUUGUACCUUAAACACAAACUUUUCAUGGCAGACAGCUUGGGACAAUCAAAGAGUGGCCUUUUGUAUAGUUAGCUGUAGCAUAAAUGGGCUAAGAACUUUUGAGUUAGCCUGUAACUGGAUCUUACUGGGCAAGAAAUGUAGCUUUGUUGGAAUAUUCUGAUGGCCAACCACUAUUUUGCACUCCUUUUGGUAAAAUGUCAGACAUUUUAAAGAAUUCGUACAAAAAUGCCACAAAAGAAAAAGUGACGUGAAAAAAAAUAUCUAUAUAUAGACUAUUAUUUAAAAAGAAAAUGUAUUUUUAAUGAGAAUAAAGUAAUAGACUCCGGCA